AUGUGUUCAGCUGAGAGUCUGAGAGACUUUAUCAACCAGCGACUAACGGCUGCUGCGGAAGACAUUUUUGUAGUUUUUAAAAGAACUAUCGUGGAGUACGAGGAAGAGAUCGAUCGUCAGCGCAGACUGCUGGAUAUCGUUUGGAAACCUCACAUCAUCUUACACAGAGCAGAUCUCCCAAAACAAUUUGUGUGUAAGGAGGAGGAGAAGGAGGUUCUGCCUGACCAGCAGCUCUGUACCCAGGAGAGGAACUCCAGUCCGGACCAAGAGGAUCCAGAGCCUCCACAGGUUAAAGAGGAGCAGGAGGGACUCUGCAGCAGUCAGGAGGGAGAGCAGCUCGUACUGAAGCAGGAGACUGACACAUCCAUGAUGACUCUUACUCAUGAGGAGACAGACCACAGUGAAGAACAACUACUAAAUAAACACCAGCUCCUUUCUCACAACUCUCAGGAUGCUGAGAAUCAAGAUCCCAAAGGCAGCGAGCUCAGAGACUCAGAAUCAACUAGCAAAUCAAAAAGUCAAUUUUUAUGCAAAACAUGUGGGAAAGAUUUCUAUUCAAGCCACUCGUUGAAAUUCCACAUGAGAAAACACACAGGUGAGCGGCCUUUCUUAUGCAGCACCUGUGGGAAAAGCUUCUGUCAGUUAUCAGUCUUAAAAAAACACUUUCAAGUCCACACAGGGGAAAAAACACUGUCUUGUAAGACAUGCGGGAAAUCGUUCAGGGAUAACCACGACUUGACGGUCCACAUGAGAACACACACGGGUGAGAAGCCUUACACCUGCAACACCUGUGGGAGAAGAUUCAGUCAGAUAUCACACCUGAACAGUCACAUUUUAAUCCAUACAAAUGAAAAGCCGUUUACUUGCAGGACCUGUGGCCGAUCGUUCAGACGUAGCAGUGAAAUGAGAAACCACAUGAGAACACACACAGGUGAGCGGCCUUACCCCUGCAGCACCUGUGGGAAAAGAUUCUAUCGGAGACCAGAGUUGAAUAGACACCUUCAAACUCAUACAGGUACACCUUUGAGUCAUUCAGACUCGUUACUGUCCCACAAGGAUGACAAUCCUGAUUUGCAGCAGGAGCACACAGAAGACAACAAACACAAGGACGACAUCGCCGUACUAUCUGAAUUAGAAUAAAAGUUCAACAAUCAGACGACACAACAAAAAAUACAAAACAUCACAAUGAAAUCAGUGAAGAGCUCAGACCAUGAUGGGUUAGUGCGAGGAGGAGGAGGAGGAG